AAUAUUUCCUUUGUAUACGUACAUAUUUUACUCAAAGUCUGUACGUGCGGGUAAUGGUACGCGACGGCAGUCAUUCCGCACACACCAUGUCGCUUCUUGUCCUUUGACCUGAGUGGCUUCCAAAAUAGAGAAACGACCUUGUGGAGACUUGAGUCAGUUGUUGACAGCGCACUUUUGGCCGCCACUCAAAAGAGUUUAACGCGCAUGGGGGAAAAGUAACUUGUGGUAAAGUUAUACCUAACUUGUAAAGUUUUUUUUAUACUUUCAUUUGCAAAGCGUCAGUUCUGAAUUGUCAUGCAGACUUAAAGCUUUCAUCACAUUCAAACUUUCAAAAAGACGAUCUUAGACGACUGUAACAGCUCCUUGGAAGGUAGAAGACGGUUUUUGUCAUCCCUCCAGUGACUCUGCUUUUGGGUCCUCUGUGCCUUACAAAUUCCAAGUGACAACAUCAAAACAUUCUUCUGAUCUCAUUUGUCUCCAUUACGCAGUGGAGGGUGAUGAGGCUGGUGUGGAGCCUGCUGCUAGUUCUGGCUUGGGCUUUCACUUCCAGGGCUACAGGCCUUUUUAUUCCUUUGGAAGUGGAGCAGCCUCCAACCAUAAUAAGUCAAACAUCGAGUCCUGUCAUUGCUCUUCCUUUUGACAACACCCUUACGAUCAGAUGUGAAGCCAGGGGCAACCCACCACCAAAGUACAGAUGGACAAAGGAUGACCAAGACUUGAUCUUGCCGAAUGCGCCGACAAUCAGGACAGACCCCACAAAUGGCACGAUUAUGUUUCACAGCAAACACUUCCACCAGUUCCAGGGUAAAUACAGAUGCUUUGCUUCCAACAAGCUGGGAACUGCAAUGUCAGAGGACAUCAAGAUCGUAGUUUCCAGUUCACCCAAGUUCCCAAAGGAAAACCUUGAUCCUAUUAUUGUUGAGGAAGGAGAACCAAUCGUGUUGCAGUGUAACCCUCCAAAUGGUGUGGCCCCACGACAGCUCUACUGGAUGUCUAUUGGUCUCCGGCACAUUGAGCAAGAUCAGAGGGUUUCCAUGGGAACUGAUGGCAACCUGUACUUCUCUCAUGCCUUACAGAAAGACAGUCGCAAUGAUUACUGUUGCUUUGCUGCCUUCCCAAAAAUUCGCACCAUUGUCCAGAAAACCGCCAUGGCUGUUGUGGUCAAGAGCUUAAAACCUGACAAUGACUCCUCUGACGGCGGCAGUUCCACUGAAACCUCCCUAGAGAGAGCACCAAGCAUGCUGCUGCCCCCUGGUGUUCAGACAAUGAAGUUGUUGCUGAAAGGAGAGGAUCUGCAGCUGGAAUGUAUACCAGGAGGAUUUCCCAUUCCCAAAAUAUCAUGGAUGAAAAUGGGAGGAAGUCUGGCUAGUCGGACCAAAAUGAGCAACUUCAAUAAGCUGUUGACCAUAACUGCUGUGGAUGAAAAGGAUCAGGGACAGUACAUGUGUAUGGCCGAGAACUCUGCUGGAAAGGUUGUCCACUACUUUAAUGUAAUAGUUGAAGAGCCACCGAUGUGGCUAACAGAUCCUCCUGAGAGCCAGCUGAGGACGAUUGGGUCCGAUAUUCACAUCAAGUGCUCGGUCAGUGGAAAACCACCGCCAGACAUAACUUGGAGGAGGAAUGGGGAAAUAUUCAAAGAUGACCCGCUGAGCAACAGACGAGUGCUUGAUGACACCGUGGUGCUUAAUAAAUCCAGACCGGAGGACACCGGCGUCUAUCAGUGUGAGGCCUCCAACAAUCAUGGCAGCAUUCUGGCUAACAUAAACAUCAUGGUCAUGAACAGGGCUCCUCUUAUGCUGACAAAGGACUUACAGGAGUAUGCUGUGAUACCAGGACAGGACAUAGUCAUGAACUGCAGUGUAUUCAGCUCUCCACCAUCUGACAUCUCUUGGAGCAACGAAGACACAAUAAUUGAGGGGGAACGGUUUUUGGUUCUUGAGAACGGACAGUCACUGAAAAUCACGAGUACAGAAAAAGGCGACUCUGGGGAAUAUGUGUGCAUGGCCAGUAACACGGAGGGCAUGUCAGCCAUCACUUCUGUGCUGGAUGUGAAAGAGCCCACAAAAAUUGUAAGUGCACCUAAGGAUGUGCAGAUCAUCAGUGGGACCUCGGCUCAGUUGAUAUGCCAAGCAGAGUAUGAUAAAAGUCUGCAGGACACCUUUGAGGUGGUAUGGAAGAAAGAUGAGGAGGGGAUCUCACUUUCCCCAGAGGAAAAUUCCAGAUACAUUGUGGAAGGUAACAUGCUGCAGAUCAUGAAUGUCAAUCUGAACGAUCAGGGGAUGUACACAUGCACUGCUAAAACAAUUCUAGAUGAGGACAACGCUACGGCACUACUAACAGUACUGGACGUUCCUGAUGCUCCAAAGACAUUAAAAAUAUUUGAAGUUAAGAGUCCAAGGAAUAUUGUUCUGUCCUGGAUACCUGGGAGUGAUCACAACAGCUCUGUUACAGAAUUUGUGGUGGAGUAUGAGGAGAGUCAAUGGGAGCCUGGCAGUUGGAAGGAGCUCCAGAAAGUCGCCGGUAACCAGGCAACAGCUGAGCUGACUCUACAUGGACACCUUAACUAUCAGUUCAGAGUGUAUGGCGUUAAUGCUGUCGGACCCGGGCCCCCCAGCGAGCCCACUGAGAGACACAAAACACCUCCUGCUGCCCCUGACAGAAAUCCAGAAAACAUCAAAAUUCAAGGCCAUCUUCCUCAUCAAAUGGACAUCAGCUGGGAUCCACUGUUUCUCAAUGAAAGCAACGGCCCAGGUCUUGAGUACAAGGUCAGCUACCGCAAACUAGGAUUGGAAGAUGUCUGGAAGGAGCACUUUGUUGGAAGACCCUCCUUUUCAGUGAAGAACACAUCCACUUUCAUCCCUUAUGAGAUCAAAAUCCAGAGCAGGAACAGCCAUGGCUGGGGCCCGGAACCAAAAGUUAUCACAGGUUACUCCGGAGAAGAUGUUCCGACUGCAGCACCACGGGACAUUGCAGUGGAGGUGAUCAACACCACUGUUCUGAGAGUUAGCUGGACCCCAGUUCCACCUGCCACUGUGCGAGGUCAUCUAGGAGGCUAUAAUGUUCACUGGGUGAGAAGAAAAAGCUUUCUAAAUCCAGACAAGACUUUACGUGAGCACCAGUCUAUGUCCUUUCCUGGAAGGAAAAACCAUGCCAUUGUGCCGGGACUCGAACCUUUCUCGGAAUACAAACUCACCGUCAAUGUUUUCAACAAGAAGGGAAAUGGACCCAGGAGUGAGCCUGUCACCUUCAAUACACCAGAGGGAGUUCCAGGGUUUGUCCCUAUCCUGACUACCUCCAACACUCGGACUGACUCCAUUUUGCUGGUUUGGGCUCCACCACUGGAGGCAAAUGGCAUCCUCUCUGGUUAUCUGCUGCAGUACCACCUCUUAAAUGAGACUUCACUGGAGGUGAUUGAUUCUCUAGAGAUGAACAUCACUGGAGCUGACAUCACCCAGUGGCAAGUGUUGGGAUUAAAGGAUGGCAGCCUCUACCGUUUCCACCUCAGUGCCUGUACUCGAGCAGGUUGUGGACUUCCUCUGGCUCAGGAGAGCUGGACUGUGGCUGCAGCAGGUUUGGCAAGUAAGGUAGACGACGUUUCAACUCGACACUGGUUCAUUGGGACUAUGUGUGCUGUGGCACUACUCACCCUUGUGGCGAUCAUUGUCUGCUUUGUGAGAAAAAACAAAGGUGGCAAGUAUGCAGGUACGCUGCCACCCCAGCAACAAGCCAUAUUCUCCAUGGAAAAAGUGAAAGAGAAGGAGGCUCUCCACACUGACACGGAGUCACAAAGAAUGAGUGAUGACUAUGAAUACAGUGACAACGAUGAAAAGCCACUGAAGGGCAGUAGCUUGUGUUCCGGAGAUGAUGCAAUCGGGGACAGCAUCAGCAGAGACAGCCUGGUUGACUACACAGACGGAGAAGUAGAAUUCAAUGAGGACGGUUCAUUUAUCGGGGAAUAUUCCGGACACAAGCACAGGGGCUCUGUUAACGAGCCCAGAGGACCCAGCCCUGUCACUGCAUAAAGCCAGGCUCCAGCUGAACCAGCCUUUCUCUAAUCCUUUCUGAAUACACUUUCAGUUCUGUUUUCCUGACAUUGAACAUUUUCUUAGAGAAAAAGAUUGUACAGUGGGCAAAAUAUGUGACCAGGGCCUGUAAAAGAAAGAAUGUAUGUCAGUUAUACACCUCAGUAAAACAAACAUCUGAGUCUAUGUAAAUACAGUAAGGAUUUAUAUCAUAUUAGAUGUUUAUAACUACAGAAUUAUUUUAUGCCUAUAAGCCACAGUCACCAGCAUACCACACUGACUUAAUACUGCAACAAUAAUGGUUUUCAGUAAAGUUAAAAAAAAAUAAUAAUAAUCUGUGCAGCAUCUGUAGUGCAGGAUUUAGCGUUUUUUAAAGACAGAUACGCCCAGAUGAUUAUCAAUACCAUUGUCAAGUCAUGAAUACGUUCCCAUCUUAUAUUGUAAAUUCUAAACUUUUUUCUUUUUUUGUUAAUAAGCCAAUGUGGAAGGUGAUAAUUUAUAACCAUUUGAUUAUGUUGUUUUAUAUCAGUAUAUAUAAAAAUGUUUUUAUUCAGUCUUUUUUUUUCAGAACAUCCUUUUUAUAAUAUCAGGAACAAUUUCAGCUCUUAGCUUUGUUCGUGAAAUUACAGCAGGAACAUGAGUUUGUAGCCAGAGGGAUGAAGUCAUAAGUACUGUAUAUUCCUGCAUUCAUCUCUUGAGUGCAUGAAUAUGCUGAGUGUUCAAGGAACUUGUCAAAACUAAUUGGUGAAUAGUGUUUUCACCACAGGGCCUCACUAGCUCUGGAAUGACAGUACACCAGCUUGUAAUACAUGUAGUUAAAAGGUUUGGGGCUUUUUAAAUUGUGGACUUUUUUAUGCAGCAUGAGUCACUCCACCUUUUUUUAUUUUUAUAACAGGUAACUGAUAUUAUAAUUCUGAAUGCAGGGUACUUCUUUCCAAGUAUGUUAUCUGAUCUUUUUCUAUUUUCUUCUUGUUCACUGUUUUAAAAAAGCAACCACUUUAUAUGAUAAGACCACUUUUGAGUAAAGAUGUCUUUCCACUUAACACAGUAUAUGAAAACGUAUUCUAAAGUACUUUUAUAUUUUUUCCUCUCACAAAGUAACCCUGAAAAGGCAUAAAGUGGACCUUAUUAAAGGUAAAAACAUACUGUCAACCCUGGAAAUAUUGUUUUUAUCUUUGUGAUUUUCACAUUUAAAAUGCAUUUUUUCUAAAAUAGCCUCAUUAAAGCAGAGAUUUGAAUUAUCAA